UUGACCUCGUCUCCAGCGUAUACCCCCGCCUUUCAGGCACCUUUUCCCUCCUGUUCUCCUGCUGCUGCAGCUACAGCUUACCUUUUCUCUCCAACUCGUGUACUUCACGUUUUUCGCUCCUUCCCUUUACCACUACUUCUCCUACACGACCGCCUGCAACGACCCAGCUCGAGACCCUGCAACGACCGCAACAUACAAAUUCUGAUUCAGGAGGCGACCUUCGGACUCGCAUAUCUCAAGCGAAACUGCGUGUAAACUGCGUGGAACAACUUGCUUGCUCCAACGUGUCUGCCACGAGGCUCCGAAUUUAGGGAUAUCUACUUGGGACGAUUGAUAAUUGGAGGUCAUGAAUCGGUUUCGUAAAAAGUCCGACGUAAAGCGUGCUGUGCAGACCGUCGACGCGCUUCGCGAGGUGCAAGUUGCACGUGUAAACACGCAACACCAGCCGAAUCCCCUGGCAUCGCUCCCUCCCUCAAGUGAUUUCCGUACGUCACUGAUCCUUCCAGACCUUACCCGCCGGUUCAGUGUCCUGCGCAACUCUGCUGGUGAGCCGAUCGGCCUCGACGAACUCAAAUCGCGGUUUGCGGAACAGCGGGCAAGAGGAUCUGAAAACCGGGUUUCCGAAGAAGAGGAGGAUAUGAUACUAGAAGCGCUGGGACGGCUUCGCGGGCAAGGGCGCCCUAAGCCGGUCACUGAAGACAGCACGGGCGACGAACGCGUGUCUACCGCCUUCAGCGAGAGUCAGGAUGCGGGCUCGCGCAUGUCAGGAGCUCCGUCAUUAGCUGGUGGGCAAUCUGUUCGGUCGAAUGUCACUGCUGCGUCGGCCACCAGCUCGGCUCUACAUGGCUCCUCCUCUGCUGCGUCAUUCACGUCCUCGAAAGGCUCGCAGGCCGCGCGGCGGAUGAGCAAUAACCUCUUCGGAUCAGGAAAGUUUCAUGACCACACAUAUAUGCGCACGGCACACACCCGCCGUGGGGCGGGGUCCUCGGCUCCAGGUUCUCAUAUCGGUGCUGUAAAGCAUGCCGACUCCACCACAAGCAUGAGCACCGUCACAAGUAGUAGGGCCGCGGGUAACGGUACCUCAUUGUACUCUGACAACCAAAGCCUUCGUCCUGUGACCCCCGACGGCAGUGCUUACGCGAGCUCAGUGCCCUCGAGCCCCAUUAACACUGCUUCGUACAUCAGGGAUGCCGGCUCGAGCGAUGGUUUGUCGGGAACAAUGUCGCCGAAAGUCCUUGUGCGCGCCUCAUUGGCCUUGGACGAGGUGAUGAGGGAAUUGGAGGAAGAGGGGGACGAUCAGAUUGUCAUGGAGCGGUCGCCUAUUGCAGUAGUACCACCACCCAUACAAACCAAUACUACUAUAACCACGACGAGCUAUUCUGGAAGCCCAGCACGGUAUCAGCCUGACACGUCACCUCUCACAUCGUCCCCUCCGACUUCCGCAACCGACGAGGAACCUGGCAUGGCGCUCUCAUCUGACGAACCGACAGCGUCUCAAUCGGACGUGUACCAGUCUUCGCCUUCUCCGUACCCUCGCGCCUCGAACUCAUCGCCAGGGCCUCGUUUACCCGGAUAUAUUCCUGGUAUGCCUCGCCCGAUGACCCCUCGCGACCGCGAGACAAGUUUCGACACGGAGGACCAGACGCCUUCAACAACGCCACGCGCCACAUCCCCUAGACUUCCCGGAUCUAGCUCCACUCAGCCACCCCCACUGCUUGCCCAGACCCUGUCAUCGAACGUCCAUCGUAGUAACUCGAGUACCUCAACGCAUCGCGACGCGGCUACCCCUGUCACGCCCACAGCAUCCACAUCACCUCUCUUCUUUUCGCGUUCUACAAAUGGCCGAUACACGCCGGAAGGUCGCGAUCGCUCAUACAGUAGCAGUGAUAGUGCCUUCCCCGCCCUCCAAGACGGUACCGAUUUUUCCAGCAGACGGCGCCCGAUUUCCCCUUUAUCGAGCUCGCCGUACCAGCCUCUUCCUAUCGCUGCUGUCAGUUCAGCAUCGUCGCGCCCCAGCACUCCAUCGAAUGUUACUUGGCUGUCUCCAUCUACCCCCGACGGUACCCGAGGUCACGUCCGAAAUGGUUUUGGGAGCACCUCCACAUCUGGUCGGAGUCGCAGCGGGAGCAGCGUGAGCAUCACGGACGCCGUUGCCAGCAGCUAUGAGGCCGACCGUACAGAGCCGAGUGGGUCGAGCCGGUCGACCACGUCUGCUACCACUACCCGUCCAUCGCGCACUCCGGACAUCUCGGACUCGCAGCCGAACUGGUACAACAACAGGUCGCAGAGCUCUGCGUCCGUGAAUGGCACGCAGGACUAUAGAUCGCCCUCUGCGAUGUCGUCUACGAUCGACCCUGGUUCGCCGACGCGGCCGUUCCGGUCCCCUACGCCGAACCACUCACUGCAAAACCUCGCUGCAUCUCCUACGGCCUCGUCAUUCAACGAGUCCAAUGGAUACGCGAAUGGCAGCGGGUUCAGCUCGUCGAGUCGCCGCACGUCCCGACAGAACGCGCACUCCUCGUUCACGUUGAGCCCUGGACAUGCGCUCCUGCUGUCACCGCUUGGUAACUCGUCGAGGUCUUCGCUGGAGUCCGGUGGGUCGAGCUAUCAUUCGUGGGAUGAGGAUCACAAGAAGGACAGGCUCUUUGACCUCUUCACGCACCUCGAUCCCUCGUUCACGGAGUGGCACGAGCUGUCCGGACAGGCCUCGACGUCACAGACCACCCCGAACGAGAGCAAAGAGUCUCAGGAGGAAUUUGUGCGGAAGGAGACGGGACUGACGAAGAACGACAUCUUGGCGGUACAGGACAAAUUGGUUGCUGCGGCUCUGACGAAGGCAGCCACUCCGGAGGGCCGCAACCGCGCGGGCUCUGUAAGAAGACGCAGGCCUUCUACUUCACAAUCAAACUAUUCCACAGCCGGUGCAGAGAAUCGGGUCGCGAGUCCGCCGCCUCAAGCACAGACGCAGGUUGCUCCCGCAAGACCUAUCAGUUCCGAUCAGAUUGCGAAAGCCAGUGCACUCCUGGAUUCUGUCGUUGAUAGCAUCAAUUCCCCUAGAAGCAAGGCCAUGAGCGUCGUGCCCCCUGACGAUGUCGCUGUCCUUGUUCACCCUCCCCCAGAACCUGUGGCUUCUAGCCCGGGACAGCGGCAGAGGGCUCUCGCAGAUGCUCUUUUUGGCAGUGAAGAUCCGGAUCGCACCCUUCUCUCAUCUCCAACGACACCCUCGACUGUCCUGCGUACCGAGUCGCCUUCGAUCAAUAUAGCGGAUGAACCCUCUCCGACGAUCGCGGGACCGUCAGCUGCUCCGGGCAAUGAACUAUUGCCCCAAAGCCCUUCAGUGGUAGAAGAGAUUGCAUCUGCCGUAACGAGCUCAGCGAUGCUUUCUCCCAGCCAUGUGAACCCCAUGCUGUUCGAGGCUGAGGUGCAACGCAGAAUUGAGGCAGCUACGGCAGCUUUAAGGAAGUCGCCCUCCAGUCCUAAGCUUGACGGCGGUUCGACGCGCAAGCGGAUUAGUCCCAAUCAGAUAUCGUCUCCCACGCUUGUUUCUGCGUCUACGAGCGUCGACACGAUCCCGCUGGGUGCUCCCACUAUCCCGGUGCAGUCACGGACGGCUCACUCAUCUUCAGCGAGGUUCGGAUCGCGCUUCAAGAAAUUAACAGGCACUUUGCGUGCGAAAACCCCUAUUCCUGCUGCAAAUGAAGAGUUUCAUUCCAUUUCUACGGAAAUCAAGACGCCUACCUCGUCACAGUCCAUAUCCUACAACCCUGAACAGCUCAUUACAAGGGACCAGCCAGCCAUAUCCAGCGCGACGGAGACGGGCCGAUUCAAGGUAUCACCUCCGCCUGUCAUAACACCUCCUACUUCUGCGGGGCCAGGGCUCAGAGGGUUCAUGUCGCGUUUCAGGAAGCAACGACCAGGAGAAAUUACGGCGUUGGCUGACAAGCCUUUAGCGAGUGCAACAGUUCGGCCGACCACGGCAUCGCCUGCUGCUUCGCGUAUGGAUCCGCCUCGUACAAGCGCCGACUCUCAGAUGCGGUCCGCACCUGCAGCUCAAGGACAAUUUACACAGCUUCGACCAUUGUCUCCGCAGAGCCCGCUGUCGCAGACUUUCCCAGAAGCUAUUCCUGAAGACGCUGUGCCACCUGCUAGCGCUCCGCUGCCGCGUAUUCAUGACAGCAACGAUGAGGCCGCACUCAAGCAAUUGUACGAUGCCGCGGUAAACCUCGGCCUUGAUCAGGAAGCCCUGCACGACUUGGUUGCGCGGUCACCAUCGACUACCUCGCGCACGACCACCUGGAGCAAGCUGGCCCGCAACAAUUCCGUUGCUACACGCCGUCGAACGCAGCAGACUGACAGUCUGGCCCCUCAGUCGCCAAUAUUAUCAGAAGGCAGGCCUAGCGUUGCGGAAAGUCACUCGAGCAUUGCAGACGCAAGACCUAGCGUUACGGAGAGUCGCCUCAGUGUCUCAGAGGGACGCCCCAGUAUUUCGGAUGUUCGACCUAGUUUCUCAGACGGCCGUCCAAGUACGGAAGCAGUAUUGCCUCGGCCCUCAGCUGAAAUUAGGCAGCUGACCAUUCGCAAACACGCUGAUGCCUCCUCGGCGUCUCGUCCUACGCCCCAGCCAAAUUCUGACCCGCGGAGAACUAUCGUUCGGAGAACCAUAAUUGUGCCGUCAGACUCGAGAGUACCCGGAAUGGACUUGCAGGAAAUGCUUCGCAGGCAAUCCACCUCGCAACGGCGUCGUUCCGCUGGUGCGGGUUCUAUUUCCUCCAACCGGUCCUUGCAGGACCGCGCGCCCACACCACCACCUCCACGCUCAUCUACCUCUCGACGCUUCUCGACGGACCGGACGCCACCCGUGCCGUCGCUACCACCCUCAUUCACCGCUCAAGCGGGCGCCCUUCACCCUCCGACACAGAUAGAGAAGUCCAGUUCGACGUACGACUCCUUAGUUGAUAUGUACUCCGGUGAUAAUAGAGCUACAAGCACUACGAAUGCGGAUGUGGCCGGCCCCAGUUCACAAGCGGACGAAGCGACGCCAGAAUCGGGUCCGGCACUGGAAGUCAUCGAGUAUGCCAACGGAGAGACUAUCUGGUCAAUUGUUAACGGACUGCGAGAUGAUGACACGGAGUCUUUCUUCGAUAACCGCGCAAGCUUUGCGUCAGACUACUCCGGCGAGGGCGUCAAGGUUUUCUUCAAAGAACAUGGCCGAAAGUCGUCGAAAAGCAGCGGCACGUCUUUCCUGUCGCGCAAGAAGCAGUCGCCCUCGGCUUCGCAGCGGCCGGAGACAAAGGUCUUCUUUAGCUCCUCGGGGCAGAUUGCUCGCCUGAUAGAGAACAUGUCGCGCGACGUGGACGCGGGCUCAUUCAACAUCACUCCGGACCGCAUACAGGGUCAUGCGGGGCACUCUGCUUCGUCGUCGCUUGACAUGCGUUGGACGCUCGAGGAGCGUCUCGAGCAUAUGCUUGGGUCCGUCUCGUCGAAUUCGUAAAUUGCUUUGUACACCUUGCCGCACCUUAAUUCCUCAUUGUCCACUACCACUCUCUAUGCACCCUGUUUCUGCAGGCUUACCCUCGUCUUACGCACAUGGCACACAAAUCUGUUCCAUAUUUGAUACCAUAAUUUUUAUAGAUUUUAUUGGUUUAGCCACUCGUAGCACACUGGUUCCGGCGCGAAAAAAGGCAUCACAGCUCCAGGAAGAAGAGCUCUCUGAACGAACACAUGCAUGAGAUGAUAGAAGGUGUUAGUAGCCGUGCAGGUCGACCCAGCGGUUC